AUGUCUACUGACAAGAUCACCUUCUUGACCAACUGGCACGCCACCCCGUACCACGCCCCUCUCUACCUCGCUCAAGCAAAGGGCUACUUCAAAGAUGAAGGCAUCAAAGUCGCGCUCCUCGAGCCCAACGACCCCAGCGACGUCACCGAGAUCAUCGGCUCGGGCAAAGUCGACCUCGGCUUCAAAGCCAUGAUCCACACCCUCGCCGCCGCCGCGCGCGGCUUCCCAGUCUCCUCCAUCGGCUCGCUGCUCAACGAGCCCUUCACUGGCGUCGUGUACCUGACGAGCUCGGGCAUCACGCCAGACUUCACCACGCUGAAGGGCAAGCGCAUCGGCUACGUCGGCGAGUUCGGCAAGAUCCAGCUCGACGAGCUGACGGCGCACUACGGCAUGGCGCCGUCCGACUACACCGCCGUCCGCGUCGGCAUGAACGUGACCCGCAGCAUCAUCGCCGGCGACAUCGACGCGGGCAUCGGCCUGGAGAACGUGCAGAUGGUCGAGCUCGAGGACUGGCUUGUCGCGCAGGGCCGCGCCCCCGACGAGGUCAAGAUGCUGCGCAUCGACGAGCUGGCCCAGCUGGGCUGCUGCUGCUUCUGCAGCAUCCUGUACAUUGCCAACGACGCGUUCCUCGCCGCCCAUGGCGACGACGUGCGCGCCUUCAUGCGCGCGUGCAAGCGCGCAACCGACUUUGUACUCGCGCAGCCCGAGCAGGCGUGGCGCGAGCUCGUCGCCUUCAAGCCCGCGCUCGACUCGCGCACGAACCACCACAUGUUCGAGCGCAGCUUUGCCUACUUCAGCCCGGAUCUGCAGAACGUGGCCCGCGACUGGGACAAGGUGACGCGGUACGGCAAGCGGCUGGGCGUGCUGGGGGACGAUUUUGCGCCCAACUACACCAACGCGUUUCUGCAGUGGGGGCUGGAGGCGGAGAGUGCGGAUCCGACGGGUGAUCAGAAGAGGAUGGUUGUGCUGCAGCAGGGUGUCAAGCAAAGUGGGGGCUUCAAGCGUCUUGAGUCUAUUGCUGCAAAGACCGUUGUCGGUGCUGCUGCGCCUGCGGAGGCUUGA